AUGUCUGCUGCUCCUUUCUUUGAUGAUGAUCUACCAGUUGAUGGUCCUUCAGAGGACGAGAGCGCAGAGUCUCUGGGUGAAGCUAGGAGCUCCCCUCAGUAUGAUGAUGAGGAUGAGAUGUCUGAAGAUGAUGCCGAUGUAGCAUCUAACUCAGUGACCCCACCUAUGAGUUUUUCACAAAGACCUCCUUCUAGAAGAUCAAACGGUGUGCAAGCGGGAACGUUGUCACCUCAAGGUACUCCUAGUCGGCGAAGCCGAGGUAGUCGAGGACGAGGCGGCCGCACGCCAACUCAGACAGCAACCAGCCACAAAUGGCGUUCUGGACAAGUUCCACCAGCACCAACGUUUGAUGGUGACAUCGACUCCAAUCCCUACUGCCUGCGUCACUACACCAAGCGCCUUUACCGCUGGGUGCGAAUCACCAGAGAGUUUUUGCCACCCAAUGAGCAAGCUUUAAGGGCAAGGGAGCAAAUGAGAGGUGAUGCCGAAAUUGAACUUGAAGAAACACCGGACUCCAGAUAUGACACCACAGACGGCAUCCAGUUGCUGCUGGAAGACUUGCAAGAGUCGUUUGCGGAGAAGGAGUUGUUCAGACAAGGCGGAGCAAUCCGCGAGUUUGAGUCAAUAGGACGUUUGCAAGGUGAAAGCAUCACGGCAUUUUGCCGUCGCUUUCGCAUUCUGGAGCGAAAACUCCAGGACAACAAGGUGCCAGCAUAUCCUGAAGCAGCCAGAGUCAUCAAGUUGUUGGACGGCCUGCGACUUGACGAGAAGUCCACCGCCGCCCUCCUUCUGGCUGCGGGCAACAGAUACAAGAUGGCCGCCGUUAUGGAUGCCAUCAAGAUUCAGUACCCGCCAGGUAUGAGCAUUACCGGGGUUCCUCAUCGUUCUCAACAGUACCAGUCCAGGAAGUCAGGCAAGCCCAAGCAUCGGCGCGCCUGGCAUGCUGAUGUCGAAGACUGGAGCUAUGAGGAUGAUGCGGCCUAUGUGAAUGAGGAUGAGCCCGCUCCUGAGAAUCAAGAGCACCAGGAGACUGACGAGCCAGAGUACCAGGACGUUGAGUAUGACCAGGCUGCUGAAAAUGAAGAUGGCAACCCUGAUGAAGGUGAUGCCAACAACGACUACGAGAGCCAUCAAGGUUUUCCAGACGAAGCGUUUCAAGCUGCCGUGCAAGCUUUGACAGUGAUGUCCAAGCGUUUGUCAGAGAUCACCAAGGCCAGAGCGAACUUGGAAGUUCAACAAGCCCGCAUUCGUGAUGCCACUUGUCUAGGAUGCGGAUCUUCCAGCCAUUGGCUGCGCGACUGCCCACAUGCCAGUGUCCAUUCAGCUCAGCUUACUACUGCUGGCGUGUUGCUAGACGCUCAAGGGAGCGCCAUAGAUAGCACCACGAGCUGGAUGACUUCUGCGAGUGAGACAAAAGAGACCUUCGUGCUGCCCAGUUUGACCGCCGUGACUGAGCAGAUAAGCCGUUGUCAUUGUGAUCAACCCUUUGAGUAUUCCCAGGGCAUCAUCACCAAUCCUAAAGUUCUUCUUCAGUAUGUAGAUGCUGAUGCUGCCUUGAUGAUAGCAGAUACAGGUUGUCAGAGACAGGUUGCAGGUCAAUCAUGGCACAUGCAGCGAGCACAAGAGAUAGCACCACUUCAACCUGUCAUCCACGAUGAGCACUGCAAGUUUUCAUUUGGUCCCAAUGCAGGCGUGCCCAGCAGCUCGCGCUACGUCUACCCAUCAGGACUGGCGGGGCACUUGGUUGUUUUGGGAGUGAGCAGUGUGGAUGAGAAAGCACCAGCUUUAUUUUCUAGACCAGCCUUCGAAGCGCUGGGAGCACGGACCACGAUCGGUCGCUUCAUCGGCUGGCUCAGCACCAUCGCGCUUGCAGCAGGAACGGCCAUCCACAAUGCCCAAGCAAACCAUGCACCGGAGCUCUACGAUCUCACCAUCGACGACGGCUCCGAAGAUGAGGCCGACAUCAAGGGUCUUUCACUUGGACCAAGACGAUCGGAUGAGCGUGCAGAGUGCCCGCAGCAGCCAGCAUCCGGGCUCAUGGACGAACUACGAGCUGCCGGAGGGCUAUCAAGAGAUGGAGGAGAGCUUCUUUGGAGUGAAUCAGACGGGCUUGGACGAGGACGAUCUCUACGGCGAGGACUCGUACAACCCCAACUACGACAUGACCAACUACGACGAGUUGGAGGAAAGAGAGGAGGGCCAUUGAUCCCUUCAUCUGAGGAUUUCAUGGCAGAGCCUCAGCCAAGCGCAAGAACUGAUUCUUGUUCACGCGCGGACCGCAGUCCAAGUCUAUCAUCACAUCAAACGAGCCCAAUGCCUAUCACUGGCUUCUCCGCUGACACGCCUCCAACUCAAGAAGAUCGAGGACUUCAGUUGCUCCGUGCAGGGCAGAAAAAGCGCUUUCUUGGAAACACCAAAGCCAUCAACAGCCUGCUCUCUGUCGAGCAGGAGAUCUACAUAACACGAACCGUGCAGGCCAACAAGUUUCGCCGGCAGUUUUUGUGUGACAUUGUAGAGGUCUAUGGUGGUUUUGCCAAUAUCACUGCGGAGGCACUCCGUGCCGGUUUGAGAGCAGUGCAACCAGUUGAUCGAGUUCAUGGUAUUGAUCUCACCACACGACAAGAUCAUGAGCGGCUGCGCCAUUUGCUUUUAAGGCGGCGCCCUUACCUGAUUGUGUGGGAGCUGAGAUGCGAUCCAUGGUCAAACAUUCAACAUUUGAACUACAACCAAGAGGAGUUACGACAGCUCAGGGCCACCCAGAAUGUUCCUCUUGAAGAGAUGAGGAAAACAAUUUUGACCUUGCGUGACCAAGUCGGAACGCACUUCCUCAUUGAGAACCCCUGGGGCACACCUUUCUGGGAACACCCUGAGAUUCAGAGGAUCCGAGAAAUUGAUGGAGCUGAUUUGCAGAAGGGUUCCAUGUGCAGUUUUGGUUUGAGAGGGCGAAACUCACAGUUUUUGAAGAAGGACACCGGCUGGCUGAGUGACUUGCCUUUGGUUUUGAGUCAGGUUUGUCGACCGUGCCAGGGUGAUCACGAACAUGAAGCCUGCCUCGGUGACAAUGCACGACGCGGUCAGGUAUACACACCAGCACUAGCCCGAGCUGUUGUUUCUGGCUUGCGGCAGUCUUUGCAAGCUGAUGGUGACGAGAGGUUCAAUCAACCAGUAGAUGGAGGACCCUUUACGUGGCUGUCAGGACAGCAUCACACCACCAACAACUCAGAAGUGUGGGCAGUGCAUUGGUCACCACCUGGUUUGGAAGAAGAGCAAGCAUUCACCAUUUUUUAUUUGGAUGUCAAUCGCAACGAAGAAUCGUGGCGACCUCUUUUAGGCGAAGCUGAGAAGAGACUGCAUAACAAAGUGCAGACCACAGCCACGGUGAAGCCUUCAGCAUUUCGUGAGCAGAUCCAACAUUUGUGUCCGUGGCGCAUGCACCUUGUUCAGAUAGUGCGGGCGCCAAAGGUGAGGAGGUUGCCUCUCAACUUGCUUCUUCAACAACCAGUGUCUCACAGGGCAGCAAUUCUUCGGUUAGCUGAUGGUCAGAUCCAGAUUGAAACAGAGGCCGUGGACAAGAUAUCUCGGAAUCCUGGCGCCAAGUUUGAAUCGCCGGUUGCCUACGGUAUCUUCAUCUACGGUGAGGCACCUGCAACAACCUACAAUCCAGAGGACGACCAGAUAGCCGAAGCAGCCCCCCGAGCAGUGCCCUCUACCCCUAGAGCGGCAGCUCCCAAAACACCAGGCAGAACACCCAAAACACCCCAACAGGCAGAUAUCAGCAUGCUAAAAUCUUCAGAGAAGGAUUUAGCUCAACCACAGACCCCCUUUUACGACCACAGAGGAGACGCGCCUACUCAAGGCGAAGACCGGAUGAUCCUUGAUGCCAUGGGUCAACCAGUCGAAGAGAACCAGCCAGCCCCCCUAGCCAUGAUAGCACUACCUCCAGUGGCACCGGAGCAGCGCAGCGACCAACCACCAGCUGCAAUCGAGGACAGUGCCCCCGAGGGACGGGCAGACCAGCCAGAACAACCAGACCAGCCAGAACAACCAGAUACCACAAUAGAACCAGCACCGCCAGCCUUGCCGAACACCAGUGAAGCUCCAGCACCAACCACCGACCUGGACGCAGGAUGGUUUCUUGACCCCGACGGUCGGCCAGCAUAUGUGAACGAGCAAGCUACCACAUACAAAUUGCCCCCAGCACAACAUGCCAGCAACAGCCGGUUCAGAUACCGAACCAGCUGGACAUAUGACGGCAGCACCUGGGAGAGACGUGAGGACCGUGUGGACUGGCGUCAACUCAACCAGCCAGCCCAAGCUUUACCACAAACGGUUGACAAACUUGUCACUGUUUUCAGCCCCUCACGGGAACAUGGCCGAAGACCUUCACUAACAACUGUCCGUGGCACCAAGCGGACUGCAGAGGAGUCAGAACUACCCGAAAGAGAACCACCGACUCUAGAGCAACAGCAAGCAGAGCAGCCGGCAGCAGAGACGGCAGGCACAGCAGAAACAAUGCUACUCUACUGCCAGCAGUGUGGCAACACCAGCAAACAACGCUCUAGCAACCCGCAAACCCGCACAACAGCAGCAGCGGCAUGUGCCAGGUGUCUUCACGAGACAUUCGUGGAGGAUCCACUGCAGGUGGAUAACUGGUUUGAUGAAAUUGAGGAGCAACAAGCCCUGCAGCAGCAUUCCUCACGAGUGAGGUAUCACCCCUUUUUCAAGCAAUACAUGCGACAGCCCCUUGCCAGCUUGUCUGAGAUAGCACUGCCACCCAACGAACAGCUGUCCGAGCUCUAUGACAAUGAGAGCUACAUCAUAGGGACAGGCAAGGCACAACGAGGAACACCAUCCCCUUGCCAACAACAAAACAACAGCUUGUGGAGCAUCGCCGUACAGGAUGCAGACACAGGCGAUUGGCAAUGGCAACAGGUGUUCGAACCGAUCCACGUUUCACCUGACACCACGAUUGAGCAAGGCAAUAUUGGCAAUAUUGGCAAAAUCCUUGCAAUUGAGCACAGUGGUCAAACCGACCAACCCAACAGUCAAUAUGACACCAAUGAGCACAGUGGUCAACACGACCAAACCAACAAGGACGGGUCCACUGAUCCGAGCCACACAGCACCCAAGCAACUGAACCGAAAAGCAAGACGUUGUUUGCAGCGUCAGAUCGGCAAACUUUGUGACCGCAAAACAAGACGUUGGUUGCAACGGCACGGCAGACACUGCCAAUACAUCAUUGGCUGGGACGGCAACCCCCCAGAACUGCCUCCUAUGUUCCAGCGUGAUGACUUCUCAAGAGCCUACCACACACUGGUAAGCGAUGUGGCCAAGGAAAUCACAGCGAGCUGUGAUCCACUUGUGCAGGCAGACGCUGAACAACACAAGAGCAGAAACUACCCAACCUGGAGUGAACAACACUGGCAGCCCCACAGCAGCUUCAGCAUCUUCAACACAAGCACUCAGCAACACCCUACCAAUCAAACUUUGACUGGACCUGAAUCCAGUGAUGAGGAGGGUGAACCUCAGGAUGAAGAAGGAGGACGGGCUGUGAAGCAAGCCCUCAAGCGUGAAGCAAGAAUCUCCCAUGAAGGCGCCUUUGGGGUGUUGAUUCCUAGGUGCUACUCCCAAGCCCAGCACGCGAGAAGUGCCGGAGCCCUGGGUUUGGGAGCCCAGGAUUGCUUCGCCUCCAUCACCCCGCGUGAAGACGAGGCCAUUGCCCCUGCAGCGCACUGGGCGGCGGCUUUGGGGUUGGACUCUGGAUCUUCGGAGGAAGAACUAGGGCAAGUGGCCAGUGAAAUGCGCGAGGCGUGGCCUUCUGGUGGGACGGCUCCUUUGCCGGAGGUGGAGUCGAAACCCGAGGUGCCGUUGCCCCCGGGAGAAUGGCUCCAACGGGAGGUCGAAAGCGAGGAGGCGCCAGCAGCCACUGAAGCGACUGAAGCGACUUCGCAUCCGCAGCCAGCGCAUCCUGAGGCGCCAGCAGCCACUGAAGCGACUGAAGCGACUUCGCAUCCUGCGCAACCAGCGCAUCCCCACGAGGCUGAGGCUGAGGCCGAGCUUUGGGAGGUCACUGCUGCGAGGCUGCCUGGCGCGCCAGAGAGCCCGCUGGCAGAGCGGGCGGAGCAGCUGGCAGCAGGUCGCCUCCGUGCGUUGGUCGCGGCCUUGGAGUUCUACGACCUCUGGAAGCAUCGGAAGAGCUGGACCAAGGUGGUUGCCUUACGGGCAGCAGAAGCCCUCAGUCCAUCAUCACGCAGUUGGUCACCACAAGGUCGAAAGAACAGGUCCGCCCGGAAGAAAGAACAGGAGACUGACCUCAAACCGGAGAACAACGAAGCGCCGGUGCUUCACCGCGUUGCGGGGGAGGCACCAGAAACAGCGCUGGAGGUUCUGCCGGAAGUUCUGCCCAAAGUCGAAGUCAAGGAGGUUUCAGCGUGUCUUCGUUGCGGCAAAGGUAUUUCGCCCAAAGGACCAAAUGCAGUUCCCGGCCGUCACGCCAGAAGCGCCGUUGCGCUUGCGCCGCGCCGGAAGAAAGGUCUGCCGCCGAAGGCGGAAAAAAAGGCCUUGGCGAAGGUUUAUUCAGGCCCAAUGCUACCACGUCCAAUGAAGUCGCAGCCGGCCUGGCAAUAUCCAUAAAAAA